CAUAGGAAGCGGAGGGGCGGCCGCUCUGUACUGCGCUCAGUGGUUGUGGAGGACCGAACAACAUGGCUGAAGGCGGCGGCGACGAUGAAGCGGGAGCUUCUCCACUGUGUAUGAUCGUGCUGGGCAUGGCCGGCUCCGGGAAGACGACGUUAGUGCAGAGACUGACCUCCUAUUUACAUGGAAAGAACAGCCCUCCGUAUGUGAUCAACCUGGACCCCGCCGUGCACGAGAUCCCCUUCCCCGCUAACAUAGAUAUACGGGACACUGUGAAGUACAAGGAGGUGAUGAAGCAAUAUGGCCUUGGCCCCAAUGGCGGCAUCGUCACCUGCCUUAACCUCUUUGCCACUCGGUUUGACCAGGUGGUGAAGUUCAUAGAGAAAAGACAGAAGAACUGUAGGUUCGUCCUUAUAGACACACCCGGACAGAUCGAGGUCUUCACGUGGUCGGCAUCAGGGUCCAUCAUCACCGAGGCUUUGGCGUCGUCCUUCCCCUCGGUGGUGGUGUACGUCAUGGACACGUCGCGUAGCACCAACCCAGUCACCUUCAUGUCCAACAUGCUUUACGCCUGCAGCAUCAUGUACAAGACCAAGCUGCCCUUCAUCGUGGUCAUGAACAAGACAGACAUAAUCGAUCACAGCUUUGCGGUGGAGUGGAUGCAGGAUUUUGAUAGUUUCCAGGACGCGCUGAACCAGGAGACGUCGUAUGUCAGUAAUCUGACGCGCUCCAUGAGCCUGGUCCUGGACGAGUUCUACAACGCCCUGCGGGUGGUCGGGGUCUCGGCGGUGACCGGGGCCGGUAUGGACGAGUUCUUUGUGAAGGUUUCAGAGGCAGCAGAAGAAUAUGAGAGAGAGUACCGGCCGGAGUAUGAGCGCCUCCGCCAGGCUGCUGAGCAGGAGAAGCUGAAGGAGCAGCAGCAGCAGUUGGAUCGGUUGCAUCAGGAUCUGGGAUCUGUGUCUCUGAACCCGGGACUCUCAUCAGGACUGGAUGACGAGGCUGCCGGACCGUCGGAUCUGAUCCUCACCCGGGGUAACAUGGAGGAUGAGGACGAGGCGGAGGACAGUGACACGGAUGACAUCGAUCAUUCAGUGGCGGAGUCGCGGCUGGAGGAGCCGGCCUUCCAGAACUUCCUGCAGCAGACACAGAGCAAGUACCGGGAGCUGGUGAAGAAGUGAUGGCGCCGGCGGCCAUGUUGUACGAGUCAGCGAGAGGUCAGGACCCUGUGCCGCCUCCCAGGAUCUGCUUCGAUGGCGUCGGGUCAUGUGACUGGCGCUGCGUGUAAAGAUUUAUAUUUUUCUGUGGAAUGAGCUGUUUCUUGUAUAAUAGAUGAGGUUUUGUUAA